GGGACUGCUGAAAAUAGCACUUCUUUUUGCUUUCUUUGUAUUCAAAACUAUAUCCUUUCCCGACUGAUUCUACCGCCCCAGGUCCCAGUCUCUCCAGUCAGAAGCCCCCAGCUCUCCAGAACAGUAACAGAUCCUUUAGCUAGCUUUUAUUAUUUUAUUUUUUUAAACUAAUUAUUAUUACGUUUUCUCCCCCUUGUUUGUUUUCUGCACAUCUUCAGGAAGCCCUCAGUGCUUGCACAAAGAGAAGCUCCUAUUUGCAACCUCCCUCCCUGCGCUGUGCGCCUCGGUGUAAACAUUUUGGAUGAUCUAAAGACUCUGGGGUCUGUAUAUGGAAAUAGUGGGGUGCAGAGCAGAAGAAAAUACUUGUCCUUUCCGUCCCCCAGCCAUGCUUUUCCACGGGAUCUCCGGAGGCCACAUCCAAGGAAUCAUGGAGGAGAUGGAGAGGCGAUCCAAGACUGAGUCCCGCCUGGCCAAAGGGGGACAGAUGAACGGCCGAGAUACGAACAUGCCCCCCAUGAGCCCCGAGAAGCCUGCUUUGUGUGCUGGUUGUGGAGGGAAGAUCUCAGACAGAUAUUACCUGCUGGCUGUUGACAAACAAUGGCACCUCAGGUGUCUUAAAUGCUGUGAAUGUAAACUGGCUUUGGAGUCAGAACUCACCUGCUUUGCCAAGGACGGCAGUAUUUACUGCAAGGAGGAUUACUACAGAAGGUUCUCCGUGCAGAGAUGUGCCCGCUGCCACCUUGGGAUCUCAGCCUCUGAAAUGGUCAUGAGAGCCAGGGAAUCGGUUUAUCACCUGAGCUGCUUCACCUGCACCACCUGCAACAAGACUCUGACCACGGGAGAUCACUUUGGCAUGAAGGACAACCUGGUUUACUGCAGGGCCCACUUCGAGUCCCUUUUGCAAGGAGAAUACCCCCCUCAGCUGAGCUACACCGAGCUGGCUGCCAAGAGCGGAGGGCUGGCCCUGCCUUACUUCAACGGCACUGGCACGGUCCAGAAGGGGAGGCCCAGGAAACGAAAGAGCCCUGCCUUGGGAGUGGACAUCGUCAGCUACAACUCAGGUUGUAAUGAGAAUGAGGCAGAUCACCUGGACAGAGACCAGCAGCCUUAUCCCCCAUCCCAGAAAACAAAGCGCAUGCGUACCUCCUUCAAACACCACCAGCUUCGUACCAUGAAGUCCUACUUUGCUAUCAACCACAACCCAGAUGCCAAGGACCUCAAGCAGCUUGCCCAGAAAACAGGCCUGACUAAGAGAGUUCUGCAGGUUUGGUUUCAAAACGCAAGAGCCAAAUUCAGAAGGAACCUUUUGCGGCAGGAGAAUGGGGGUGUCGAUAAAGCUGACGGCACCUCGCUCCCGGCACCGCCCUCAGCAGACAGCGGCGCACUCACUCCACCCGGCACUGCGACCACUUUAACAGACCUGACCAAUCCCACUAUCACUGUAGUGACAUCAGUGACCUCUAACUUGGACAGCCACGAAUCCGGGAGCCCCUCACAAACUACCUUAACAAACCUUUUCUAA